AUGGUCGUCAUCGUAUUUUUCAGUUGUGUGUUGUUCAAAUCGAUGUUUAUACGUAGGUUCAUCAAGCCUCGGCCCGACUUGUACAUCUGUAGUGAUUGUUGCCCGAUUCUCUUGGCACCAGCACUAGCGUAUCGGAGCUGGGCCGAGGUCAAUUGCUGUCUAUCGAUAAACCACACCCGGUUCUGGGGAGUUGAACGCGUGCCCACGUUACCAUUUCCUAACCAUCUCAUCGUGGUGGUAUCACCGUGUUCAGUUUGCCUUUUCAGAUCAGAGAUGAUCACGUCGACUCGCCGAUGGCUUCGCCGCAAUCGUACUAACUUCGCCAUUGGGGCGGGCGUGCUGGGUGCUGGCUAUCUCGCGGGGCAAUACGUGCUGGGAAAGCUGUCCGAGGCCCGCCAACGCAUGAGCGAUGACCGUAUCGCAAAGGAGAACCUCCGUCGCCGCUUUGAACAGAACCAGGAAGACUGCACCUUCACCGUCCUCGCCAUCCUCCCCACCGCGACCGAAAACAUCCUCGAUGCCAUCCCUGUCGAACAAGUCCUGGAAGAGUUGCAGAAGCAAAAGGCUGAGCGUCUAGCCCGCAGUAUCGGCCCCAGCGAGAUUGCCAGCUCCGCACCCCCCAGUGUGGCUGACACUGCCGAUGACGACACCAAGAGCUCCAGUUUCCAGAGCGAGAGCUAUGUUCACGCGAGUCAGAUUGCAGGUGAGGGCACGAGCUCUACAGGUAGCAUUGAGGGGGGAGGUGAGACAAGUAGCGAGCGUAAAAGCAAGAGGAGCAAGGCACAGUUAUGGAAUGAAAUGAAGAUCAGUUCGAUAACAAGGGCAUUCACGCUUCUGUACACGUUGUCCCUUCUCACGCUUCUUACGCGAAUUCAACUCAAUCUGCUGGGUCGCCGAAACUAUCUGGCCUCUGUAGUUUCCCUCGCCGCGCCACCCCCUGCGAAUCAGGAAUCAACCAUCAGUCUCGAAAACCACGAUGACGAUAACUUGGAUCAUGCAUAUGGUAACGACUUCGAGACCAAUCGGAGAUACUUGAGUUUCAGUUGGUGGUUGCUUCACAAAGGGUGUUUGAGCUUGAUGGAGAAGGUUCGGGUGGCUGUCAAGGAGGUCUUCGGGUCCUUGAACCCGCGAGAAGAGAUCACCAUUGAGAAGCUUUCCGAGUUAACAUUGGAAGUAAGGAAGAAGAUUGAGGGCGCCACAGAAGAGGAGCGGAGAUCUCAGAAAUGGCUGGCGUACCUAUUGCCUCCAUCUGACCAAGAAGAAUACGUUCUCCGUGAGAGCGGUAUGACCUCUACCGAAGCCACAUCUCCAACCACCACUAGCUCCCUCCGCCGCCUUCUCGAUGAGACUUCGGACAUCAUCGAUUCUCCCACCUUCUCGCGCGUCCUCACUCGGCUCCUAGAUGCCGCUUUCUCGCAUCUCAUCGACGUCAAAAUCUCCCAGCUUUCCUAUAAGAUCCCACCUAUUUCGGAGAGUACCGCCCGCGUUCAAGAAAUCGUCGGCAAUGAUAUCAAAGCCAAGGUUGCCAGCUCUCUCGCUGUGUUCUGUAGGCAGGCGCAUAGCAUUGGUAGCGGAGCCAACAACGAGUAUCUGGCUUCCAUCGAGCAAGUGCGUGAUCUCGAAGCAUUCGCCGCUGUAGUAUACUCAAGCAAUUUCGAAUUCGAAUCACCCGAGGUUGUUCCCACAAAAGUUCCUGUGGCGGCUGCGGUAGAAAGCAAUAGAGUGAGCCUAGCUGCGGCUGAUGAGUCCGCUAUGAGUGACGCUGUGGGUGAAGGAAGCAGUGCAGCAGAUGCAGGGCUCGAGACUGCAUGGAAACAGGCGCUAGCAAAGGAAGACGGCAAACCAUCUUAG